AUGGAGGACGACGAGGGUCUGAAAGAGCAGGCAGAGAAAGCCCUCAAAAGAAAAAAGGUGAUGCGAAAGCACUUUGACGACAUGCUCGAGUACGGAAGAAGAAUGUACGCCAAAAGGGGGGGAAAACGCGAUGAAGAGAUCGCCCGCGACGAAGAUAUCGCCCGCGACGAGGAAGAAGAUCCGCGUGGAGAGAGAAGAGACGCACACGCGGAAGACGAAGGCGAACAGCCCGUGAAACGCGGGAGAAACAGAAACAGGGAAGAUCGCAGAGAACGAAGGAGCCGCGAGGCAGGAGCGGAGAAGGGUGGAGACCCCGACUCUCACAGACAAGGCGCCUGGCCGUUGGAGACGCUCCGUCAGGACACAGACGAGGGAGAGAGUGAAACUCAAAAGAGCAGAGAAAGAGGCGAGGGAGAGAGUGAAACUCAAAAGAGCAGAGAAAGAGGCGAGGGAACAGCCGAAGACCAACAGAGCGGCGAAGGAGACACGACUGCAAACAGCUCUUCGCCAGACUCCGCGGAGCGAGGAGCGAGAGAGAGCGUCGGCGCACGACCGGGAGAGGACGAAGAACUCGAAAGGCUCCACAACGAGAACGGAGACAGCUGUCCAGGAGCACAGCCGGGAUCUUCCCCACAGUCCUCCGCUCGUUCGUCUUGUGCGCGCGACGAGACGUCUGGGACAUGGUUUGAGGCGCACGACGCUCAAGUCGAUCGCUUCAUGAAGCGAACGCGGGCGGCGGAGUGGGAAGAGACGCUGAAGGUUGGCGAGAAGGAAGUGACCUUAGUCUCGCAGGCCUGGGGCCGUUCUCCGUGUGCAUCGCCUCGCGGAAAGCGAAAAGAAAAACCGAGACCCAACGCCGCGACCGCCCGCCCCGAAGCUGCAGAGAUCGGAGACAAUGCCCUUCCGUUUGACGACGAAGACGACCAGGACCUGCCUGCGAUUGUCCAGUCUCCCGACAGAGACUGGCUGCAAGAAACGUGGAUCGACGGAGGCGACGCGUACACGCCGUCGGCUUCGCAGGCUCAACUUCUGGACAGCUGCGACUUCUUCGGAUCCGCUGGAGGGUGGCGGAGCUACCGGCGAACGGCGGCAGAAGUCGACCGCGACAUGGAAGACAUGGUUGGGGCGGAGACGCGACAAGGCGCCGACUUCUUCGACGCGUUUGAACAAGUUGCAGAAGAAGACGAAGCCAUCGAGCACUUGCUCGACAGCCGUCACAGCCGGACCCACCGUAGGGCGACAGGCCAGCCUCGAGAAGACAACGUCGAGGCGUUUUGCAAUCUCCCAGCGAGUUCCGGCGUGGAUGCGGAGAAGCACGAGGUAGGCGACGGCCCGGAGACAGAGUCAGAAGACUCGGAAGAAAGAGAGCGCCAAAGAGUGCGAGGUGGAGGUGACAGUGUCUGGGAAGCCGUGGCACACGCCACAGAGACAGAACAGCCUGGCGCGGGGUUCUGGGAAACGUGA